AUGUUACGGAGCCGAUCGGUAGGGGCCGACAUUGGCCGUGUCACGUCUAUUCCGGUUAGUUCAUAUUGUCAUUGGUGCUGUAGGCUUGGGUUGGUAUUGAGUACUGUAGUUUGGAAUUGGUACUAAGUUUAGUGUCUUUACAGAAGAACUGUAUAUUUUUUUUCGGUUGAUUAUAGCUUUCAAAUGGUGAAAAGUUGCUUAAAAUAUUAAAAAUCAGGUGAUAAUCUCAGUACUUUGAUGAUUUUUGAAUUUUUAGGUAACAAUAUUUUGAGUUUUUAGGUAACAAUAUUAAUAUGUUCAUUUCAGCUUCACGUAGAAAUCAGAAGAGAGAAGGCGGAAGGCUUUUCGACAAUCAAAAUAGCCGUACUAAUAUGGUUGACUCUACAAAACUCGGUGCAUACCCUGUUACUUCGUUACAGUCGAGCACGAGACGUACCCGAAAUGUACUUUUCAUCAGUGGCAGUAUUCUUCACAGAAGUCAUCAAAGUGUUCGUAUGUCUAUAUAUGGUCUUCAAUGAAUCUCACGGACCUUUUGGGUAAGAAAUUUGGUGUUUUAGAGAUUUUGAUCAAAAAAUGUUUGAAAAGUAUUUAAAAAUUGAUAGUUUUAGGUACAUUUUUGAUAUUUUUUCCCGGUUUUAAAGUCUAUACCGCAAAAAGAAUUUAAGAAACGAAUAUUGCGUUAAAAAAUUUGAAUUUCAGCGGUUUCCGAGCCCUAAAGAAACAAGUUUUCAAUCAACCAUGGGACACAUUGAAGGUUUGCAUACCGGCUGUCAUGUACACAUUCCAAAACAACUUGUUCUAUUGUGCCGCAUCUCAUUUGGAAGCGGCCACUUUUAUGGUGAGAAAUUACUUAUUAUGUUACUAUUAGUAUUAGGCUGUUUAAAUAAUUCCGGGCUCCCUAUCAAAGCAAAUUUGCUUGGUUAGGGGGCGCAGAAUUAUCUUAACAACCUAAUAUUACACAGGGAUUUCAUUAUAGUGUUAUAUAGGGGUUUUUUGGAAAAAGAUAGUCAGGUUUGGCUGUUUGGUGUGGCGGAACUUGAAAGCUUGUUAUCUUCAACUAAUAAGUGGCAAAAACCGACAGAAGGGCUUUCAAAAUUGAUUUUUGUUGCUUCAAAGCUAUGCUUGGAGCUCGUGGGGCCUUAAACUUACUUUUUUAUAAAGGACCUCUGUCUAACAGCUUUUAUUUAAUUUUAAGUAUUAAGUUAGAUUAACUGGUUUUCAUGUUUUAGAUAAUUUCCCAAUCUAAAAUCUUUACAACUGCGGUGUUUUCGAUCAUCUUGAUGAAUCGUCGUUUGUCUGGAAUCCAAUGGUUUUCAUUGGCUGUAUUAACUACUGGAGUAUGUCUAGUACAAAUGCAAACAUCCACUACGAAAGGGAGGGCUGGAGACGAGCAGAAUCCACUGAUUGGUAAGGUUUUUGGCUUUUUUAUGGUCAAAAAUUACGUAGAAAUAUAGCUUUUGAAUGCUAAAUUUGUACACUGGAUGUCUUUUUAAUUUAUUCUUUGAACAAUUUCGGUUUUUUGCUUUAACUAAUGCUUAUGCUUUAAAACAUGCAGUUUUAAAGUAUACUUAUCACUUUUGAACUUUAACUUUUAGGUUUUGUCGCGGCUCUAACAGCGUGCACGAUUUCCGGCUUUGCUGGAGUAUACUUCGAGAAGAUUCUAAAAGGCAGUGCUCCAGUUUCGAUUUGGAUGAGGAAUAUCCAGAUGAGUGUGUUCGCCAUCCCCUCGUCAUUCAUUGCCAUCUGGUUGACUGAUGGAGCGGCCGUGAGAGAAAAGGGUCUUCUGUACGGCUUCGAUGGUGUAGUUUGGUUGACCUCGUUUUGGUAUUGUAUCGGAGGACUAUCGGUGGCGAUCUGCAUCAAAUACGCCGACAACAUCGCCAAGAACUUUGCAACUUCAGUAGCUAUUAUCAUUGCUACGAUUGCUUCGAUCUACCUGUUUGACUUCAGGCCGAACAUGAUGUUUUUGUUGGGUGGUACACUGGUUAUCUCGAGUAUAUUCUUGUAUUCGUCUAAGGGAUUCACCACGAAGACGAGGAAAGUCGAUGAAUCAAGAGUGUAA